AUGCUAUUAAACAAAACAGAAGAAUAUGGAACUUGCCAAAUAUAAAGUUAUUAAAUAAAUCAUUCUAAAAGCUAUUACAAUGUGACCAUCUUAUAGAGUUUUGAUAAUUAUUAAUAGCUAACUAAAUAGAAUUCAUCACAAGGAUUACUCACUUAUUUUAGAUUUAAUAACAAUGAGAUUCCUUAUUCUCUAGGCAGUGAUAGUGGAGAAGAUAAUAAUAAUUCAUAAGAAAAUAAUAAUUCGCUUACUCUCUUUGAUAUUUAUGGCAUAAAAAAUGAGAACUCGAUUAGUAAUUUGAGAGGACUGAUUGAUUAAAUAUCUUAAUUAGCUAAUUAAAAUUCUGAUAUACGUAUCCCAUAACUCUAUGCAACUAUAUAUGAUACUUCUAAUUCUGGGUAGCAAGUUCUUUUGCAGAUUAAUUCUGAAAUUGAAACAUAAUUAAUGUCUUAUUCUUUGGAUCAAAUAUUUAGAGUGUUAGUUUUCUCUCCAAUUUAUUGUAUUUAAUAUUUCAAGAACCUUUCAAAAAACAAGUCUUUCAAACAGUCAAAUCCUUUUUUCUACUUAGUCUUAAAUUUUGAUAUUCAGACAUUUAACAAAUAUACAAACCAAAGCAAUCAAGACUUGUAAAAAAUACUAGCGUUAUCAGUUAGUGUUACCUUAAUUUUAUUUGUUAUUACUUUACUUCUUUCUCAUUUUAAAUUAAAGAAGUCGAUUGUUUCAUUUAUUGACAGCAUAGACUGGACAAUAGAAUUAAUGAAUAUAAUUUCUAAUGAGAGCAUUUUUGAUUCUAAUGUGAAUGAAGAUUUUAUUAAUGAUUUCUUUAAAAGAUACUGUUUAAAUUAAGAAGCAAAGGAGCUACUUUAGACUUAUUUUAUUUUGAUAUUAAAUCUCAUAAAGACAGCUAAUGAAUAUUUUUAGGAAGGGCAAGAAGAAGCUGCUCUUCAAAAAUAUAACGAAGCAUAUACCCUGUUUACAAAAUUAGGAAAUCAAAGUGGCAUAGGUAUUUGCUUAAACAACAUAGGCAAUAUUCACUUUAAAAAAGAAAACUAUGUCGAAGCAUGUUUACAUUACAGCAAGUCCUAUUAGAUAUCUCUGUAAGAAAAAGAAUACAUCACCUCUUAAAUGAUCAAUCAUCCCAAAUAAAAAGAAAAGCUAGAUUAAGUUAAGCUCAUAAUUGCUGUCAGAGCUUUUUAGAUUGCAUAAACUUUCUAACAUGUUAAUAUCAUCCCAAAUGAAGAUCUCACAUCUUUUCAAACUCAAGAAUAGGCUUCUCACUUGCAAAACACGAAUACUCGCUAAUCAAACUAGAAAAUUAUAGCAACACCCCAAAUUAAUUCUAUAGAGUCUUAGAUUAAUUAAAUUAAAUCUGAAGCUAAAAAAAGUAUUUUUUAGACGAAACACAACAAAAUAGAAUUUGAUUAUAUUAUAGAGGAGGAAAAAAAGUAAGGAUUGGAGGAAGGUAUUAAUUAUGAAAAGUAGCUGAGCGGACUCCACCUAAAUUUAAGAGAAAAAUAAAUUUCAUAAGAAUUUAUUUAAGAAUACUUCACGCAAAAAAAAGUGAAAAGCGAAAUAUUUAUUAAAUAAGCCAAUUAAAAAAAGCAAUAAUAAUAAAUAUAUGGUAAUGAAUAGAAAAUUUAAAUAUCCAACAAAAUCUCUUGCCUGAAUGAAAAAUCACCAUCUCAGCUAAAAAUUAAAGACAAUUAAAAAAAAUAUGAUGUUGCUAUUAAAUACUUCUCUGUGGCUUAUGAAUAUUUCAACCAAAACCAAACGAAAAGAUCAAUUUCCUAAGUCACUUAUAUUUGUAUUUGUAUGGCAGAAUGCUAUCUUAAAUUAAAAAAAUAUUCCCAUAGCUAAGGAUUAAUUACUGAAGCUAGAAAAAAAUUGUAAAAAUGCAAUCAAAUAAAUUUUUAAAAAUCAAUACUAAAAAAGAAUAUUUAGGAUGUUGAUUCAAUUCUUAGUAAUCAUUUAGUCAAUAGUAAAAAUUAAAAGCUUAACUUUAAUUAAAAUUAUAAAAAUUUAUUUCAGUGUAAUUAAAUUUCUACCCCAUAACAUUUUUAGCUCACAUAGAGUGUUUAGUCUAAUCAGAGUAAGAAAGAAAAACAAAAAAAUCAAACUAACAAAUUUAGGGAUACAUUUUUCGAAUUAUAAUCACCAAUUUUGUUUAAGGCAGCACUCCAAAACAAACAAUUCUUAAAAUAGAAUUUUUAAAAUUUCACAGUGAGCAUAUAGAAUAAUAUAUUAAGAAACGCCAAGAGACAAUUAUCAAGUAUAGAUAGCAUAAACAAUAUAUUAGAAAAGAAGAAUUUUAGACGCAUUAAGCGCAUUAGCUCAGCUAAGCUUACAUUCCAAAAUAAUAACAAACUAAAAUAACUUUCACCUAAUUCAUGCAAAAUCAAUUUUUAAAAAUGUCCAUCUAUAGUAUGCCUUGAUAAUCAGAACAUCAAAGAUACUUCAAAUAACAUAAAAUAAGAUGGAACUCAAUAAAAUUACAUAGAAAAAAUCACUAGCAAACAAAAAAUAUUUGAUACACAAAACAGAAGAGAUUUUAAAAGCUUUGAUAAAAUGGUAAAUGAACUCUCAAAAUAUCAAAAUUAAACUCAAAAACAUAACUACACCGAUAAGAAUUUCAAUCAACUAAACAGCUACGAAUAAUACUGCAAUGCACACUAAGGCUGUGAUGAAAAACAAGAAGAAAGAAAAAGAAAUAUUUCUAUUGAUUAGUAUAUGAGUAGUUAAAAGUAAAAUAAUUAAGCUAAAAGCUCUUUAUUUUAAAAGAUUCAUAACAGUGUAGAAUAUUUAAAUGGAAUUGAUAAUAUAAUUCAAAAGAAAAACUAAAAUAAAACUGAAAAUGACAAAAAAAGUGAAGAAAAUUCUAAAAAGCUUCAAGCGUUUCCAGUUUAUUUAAACCAAGCAAAUAAAAAUGAAAAUGAUUUUUAGUAAUAUAAAUUCUAAAAAGCUGAUAGUAUAUAAAUUGAAUAAAUUCAAGAAUUUUAUAAUACCAAUUAAAUUAAAUAAAGUAAAGAAAAUAGUGCGUUUUUAAGCCCUAAUAUGUCAUAUUAAAAUACUGCACGUCCUUUCCUUAAUAAUUUAGAAGCAAAAAUGUAAUCAAAAUUGAAUAAGUCAAAUGAUAAAUUCAGUUAAAGCUAGUAAUAUGCAAACAACCACACCAAAUAAGAAGAAUAAAAUGAAUAACAAAACGUCUUAGAAAAGUAAAAAGGUAAGCAAAAGAAAAAGAGCUUACUUAAUUUUAUAUCUGAAAAAUUGAAUGUAUUUUUGAAUUAAAAUAAUAAAAAUACCAUUCAAAUUUAAGAUAUAUCUGAAAUUUCUAACAAUUUAUAAAACAAGUUAAUUUUUGAUUAAAAAGAUGAGCUUUUUCUUCCUUACAGUGUCCUACAAAUGAAAAUCAGUUUAGUUUAAGGAAAAUUUUAUAAAUCCUAGGGGGAGAGAUAUUUCUUAAAAGCAGCCUCUUAAUUUAUAGAAGUUCUAGAGUACUUUGACCCUAACAGCCAAGAAGACCAAUAUGAUCCAUUAGAUAAACUAGAAGCGAUGAAGGAGCUACUUUAUAUAUUCUAAUGGUACAAUUGUUAAGAACAAGCUCUUCAAAUUUCUGAAGAGAUAAAUAAAAUGGAAAACUCGUAGGUCAUAAAAGAAAAAUUAUCUAGACCAUUAUUUUUCAUUGACUCAUUCAUAUGAACAUAUAAUUAAGAAAAGUCAAUCUGAUUAUGGUUAACAUCAACAAUCUGAGUUUGCAUCUAACCUCUCUCUGUUAAGCUAUUUAAUACAGAUUAUUCAUUUAACAAACAUAUGAAGUAAAUAGAGGAUCAAAACUAGUUUUAAAACAACUAAAUUACAAGAUUAGUAUGUAUUUAGUUUGACGCACUAAUUAAUUAAUUAGUUAUUUUUAUAUUAAUUUAUG